AGGUCGGCAUAGAUUCCAGGGCGUUUGUCCCAGGAGUCCAAGACAGAUACAUGGCUGAAAACUCCUUAAACGAUGCAGGUGCUUCCUCGCCUGUUCUUCACUCUAAUUGUGCUGUGUGCCUGCUGCGUCCUCUACUUCCUGCUAUGUCCACAACUUUGCGUUUCCCCGUGUUGGCUCAGCUGCCAGCCUAGGGAAGAAAAGGAGGGCAAGCUGGCACGGGGCUUUGGAGCUGCCCAGUUUGAGGGUUACAUCAGCGUUCCCGAUGGAAAGCCACUGGCUCAAGUGCCGUGUCGUCAAUGUGCCGUGGUGUCCAGUUCUGGACAGAUGUUGGGUUCCCGUUCCGGGAAAGAGAUAGACGCAAAGGAGUGCGUUCUGCGAAUGAACCAGGCGCCGACCCAGGGAUACGAGGAAGAUGUGGGCAGCAGGAGCACCCUUCGUGUGGUCUCUCACACCAGCAUCCCUUUGCUCCUACGCAAUCAGAGCUAUUUCUUCAAGCAAUCCUGCGACACCACCUACAUCAUCUGGGGACCUCCCCGGCUGAUGAGCCGGGAGAAGAUCGGCUUAGUCUAUCGGACGCUUCUGAAGGUCAAGGAGAUGUACCCAGCUUUGCGUCUCUAUACUCUCACCGAACAGAUGAUGGCCCACUGUGAUGAACUCUUCCAAGUGGAGACGGGAAAGAAUAGGAUGAAAUCCGGUUCCUUUCUCAGCACAGGCUGGUUCACCAUGGUUUUGGCUAUGGAGUUGUGCGAGCAGAUCUUUGUCUUCGGGAUGGUCAGCGAGAACUAUUGCAAAGACAAGAACCAGCCUCCUGUUCCUUACCACUAUUUUGAGAAGGGGCGACUGGACGAAUGCAGGAUGUAUCUGGCUCACGAACGAGCUGCCCGGGGCGGGCACCGCUUCAUCACCGAGAAGGCUGUCUUUUCACACUGGGCCAAGAAAAGGAACAUUGUCUUCACUCACCCGUCGUGGUCCGAUGGGUAGAAGUUGCUGGUUGCGGCUGGCCUGUUGACCCUUAGCCAUUUGGUGGGGGCUGGAGAAAUCCUGUUGUUGCAGAAGGUUGGAAAACUCGCCCUGAGAGACGCAUCCAUGAGCAGAACAUCUCUCAUCCUCUUCUGCUGGCCACCUAUUUUUAACUUCUAUUGAGAGACCACAGAUUCUCUCUCUCUCGCUCUUAAUUUCCUGUGUGCCCAGUGGUGUAUUAUUAUCCUUGCACAGGAAAAGGAAAUGUUUUCUUCAGAAGUUGAGGCCCAGGGUUUGAUGCUGUAAACCUGGUUUCCCCUGUGGUGCACAUUCUGGAUUGUUGGAUUCAGAAGAAAGUGACACAAACCCUUUUGAUAUUUCGUGUUGCCAACGUUCCCUGAAACUUAAGGGCAGAACAACUAAUGCCUUGGGAGAAUUGUCCCCCUCCUUCAGUCUCUCCUGCCCUCUUCUAGUUUGGUAAGGUUUGCAUUUAUUUGGCAGGAUCAGAGAAGGCAAGGGUUGAAAGAAACCUUGAAGGCCACCUAGUCCAAAGGUCUGCCCAGAUGGAGAUCUGGUACAUAAAAGAUGUAAAUUGACUUUGACGGUCCAGCACUUUAACUAAACCAGUUUACAGUAGCUUGUUUACAGCUUCAGCAGAUCUGAUGUGUCUUUUCCCAUGGUUGUAUCCUCACGUAGAUGUCUCCUUGCCCCUCUCCUGAGCCCAGAGGGGGAGCAUCUGGAUGAGAUCUCUCUUAACCACCCAAAUGCUCAUUUUCAUUCCUAGUUUGGAUGAAACGGGAACGCUUUCCAAAUCUGCAGAUGACCCUGAACUUGGGUGGGUUAGCUCAAUCUCAGAAACAACGUGGACAAAUGCCCUUGAUGGGUUGAAGACCUGGGUGGAAAAAUACUGGAUGAAAUUUAGCCGAGGCGCCUGCAAAAGAAUCAGUCCUUAGGAAAACAAAUCAAAAGCUGGGGGAAAAAAAAACUGGAUAUAACUGCCUUGGUCUAGCUGGACCCCAGAGGAGCCACAUUCCUCUUCCUGCUUUCAAAAUGGUCAUUAGCGCCAGAGAUGUACCCGCUGUAAGAGGCCAUUCCUGAGAUUCAGCUUCCCCCCCAAAAUUGACGAUCGCCUUUGCAGUGAUAUGGAUUCGGGGAGGGGGUUGGUGUGAACCACCUUCCAUGAAAUCAAACACCUUUUCCUGAAGUUGCACAACAGCAGCUACGGGAUCUCAGGAGCAGGCCCAAUGGGGUUUCUUUAAGGGACGGGGACCCGGAUCCCCGUGGUUGCCCAUCCCUGUUCGAUUCUCUCUUGGCAAACAGUCUGAACGUCUGUUGGAUUUCAUAAUGGGUCCUACUCUGUGUGUGUUUGCACACCCCUGUGUGCCUUGCCCACUCAACGGUUUCCUCAGUUUCCCUCCUACCAUUUUUGGCUGGCAUCAAUCAUGAAUACCUUUGGAUCAGUGCCAAACCAAUAAACAUUUGCGCCAAAGUUUUGCAGGGCUGUUUGUGCAAAUCCGGUUGUACUCCAGUUGUUUUGGGCAGUUUCUGGGGCAGAAAUAAACAUGACCUUCUGUUUUCCCAUUUACUGAACCGUUGCUGGCUCGUAUGCCGUGAUUUCAGUUUGGAAGUGCUUUUUUCGCCAAGAACCUGGCCUUGCUGCAGUUUUCUGGACUUGACCCAAAGCAGUGAUUCCUGCAUCGCCAGAAAGUUCAACAAGGCCCAGAUAUUGGAGCAUUUCAGCUUUAGGGUGAUCUUGUAGUUUUAGUAGCCCAGGAUAAUUGCAUUUUGCAGUUUCUGGAAAUGAUGCACCCACACGUAAGUCUCUCAAAAUCCAGCUCUGCUGCUCAGGGGUGUUAAUCCAACACUUUUCCUGGGUGCCCUGGAGAUCUUUGUCCCUUGCAGACUGCUUUGGUGGCCCUUGGAAGGAGACAAACCAGCUGCAAAUCCCUACCCUACCCUAGAGAUUGACAUGUGAGAGUUGGCCAGAAGACCAAGAAGAGAUCUUCCUUCACCCACUGAACCAUCAUCCUGCACGUCAUUCUGUUCAGGGCUAGUGAGUUGCCCAAACCUUGCCAUUAGUUUAUAAACCAUGGUUUUAUGUCUCAGAGUGUGAUGCGAACCCAACUUGCUGUGAUUUAUUCAACCAACCAUGGUUAAAACAUAGCUUGGCACAAGAUGCAAGAUUUCCACAUCGUAUGGAUGCAAUAGGCAUGCUUGAUACAGCUUGAAUUAGCCCCUUAUUAUAAACUAUGAGGACUAGAGUAUUACUUUAUCAGUUUGGGGUGAAAGAUUCAGUUAUUGCAUGCAGAAAGUCCCAUUUUCAUUGUUUGAGGGUGGUGGUCCGUGUACAGGGAGAUUUGACAAUUCAGGGCAAAUGAACCAAGAAUCUUGGUUCAGUCCAAGGCAGUGGAGUUCCGUUCACACAACCCAUUACCCAGAUUAGAUCAAGAUCUGGAGGCUGCAUUGCACAAGUUUGCUUAGUGUUAGCAAAGGGGGGGGGGUUCCCCUCGCCUUUAGCAUGUUGAACAAACCCAUCCCGUUUCCUUAACACAUGGCCAAACGGGUUGCACAGAUCCAGAAAAGGGUGAAUUCAGGACUCUUGCAUGCUGGGCGAAGACAACGUGGCUUGUUGUGACUUCGGAGGCCAGGGCUUGAUCGCCUGUUUGGGCUGGUUCGGUGUUCAUUCAUCCCCGCUGCGUCAGCCAAGACGAGAAUCAUUUGCUCAAAACAGGAAAGGCGCC